CUCCUCCCCGCCUCAUCAAGAUGAAUCGUCUCGGCCGUUCAUCUCUGCCACUGCGGCCUCGAGUAUGUCUGCUCUGCCAGACCCGGGCUACCAUUCCCUCCACCUCCUCCGCCGCUCUUUCGCCUUUGACCGGAUGGCAGGCCAUCCGCGGUAUCGUACGAAAAACCGACCGUCGCGCAAAGAAGAGCCGCCAUGCCCUAUCCUCGAAUGUAUCGCAACCGUCGCUGUCCCCGCGCUCGUCGCGGGAAAGGGAAAGAAAGGGACCCUGGGGUGGCAUGAACAUGACCCGUGUGUCCGAGCGCGCUAUGCCACGCACUAAAGACGACAAGAGAGAUGUCGGAAGGAGAGACGGCAAGAAAGACAAUGAGAAGACCGACAGCCCCCUGUACAAGGCGUUGAAGAUGCAGACCGCCCUGGCGCCCAUGUCCUAUGCGCAGCGUACCAAGGUCAAAGAGAGGAUUGCCGACAUCACCAGUUUCGAACAUUUCCCGCUCCUGUCGGUCGUGCACCACUCGAUUUCUUCGCAGGCGCUACCCGGGCUGACCGACCUGAUGCCCACUCCGAUCCAGAGGGUGGCGAUUCCUGAGCUCCUCAAGAACCCGCUGCCGCAGCUCGGAGCCGAGCCGAGCAGCAGUCCUAAAUACGAGCAGUAUCUCCUGGCCGCUGAAACCGGUUCCGGCAAGACCCUGGCAUACCUGAUCCCCCUGCUGGAUAACUUCAAGCGUCUGGAGUCAGCGGAGCUCACCUUCGAGAAGAAGCAGGAGGAAGCGAAGCAACGAGAGAAGGAGAAGGAGCUGAAGAGGAAGAACCGGGCAUUCGACAUCGAGCCUGAGGAACCCCUGGUCUCGAACGCCGCCCGACCGCGCAUGGUCAUUCUCGUGCCGACCUCCGAGCUGGCCUUCCAGGUGGGCGAUAAGCUGAAGGCGUUUGCGCACACGGUCAAGUUCCGGUCGGCGGUGCUGGCCUCGAACCUCACGCCGCGGCGGAUUAAGAACGGACUAUUCAACGAGAGUGGCGUCGAUAUCAUCGUGACGACGCCGCAUCUGCUGGCUUCGAUCGCGCAGAAGGAGCCUUACGUGCUCAGCCGCGUUAACUACAUGGUCCUCGACGAGGCCGACAGUCUGAUGGAUAAGUCGUUCUCACCAAUCCUCAAUGAAAUCAUCAGCAAGGCGACUCCGUCCCUCCACAAGCUCAUCCUCUGCUCGGCCACCAUCCCGCGCGGGAUGGACAACACGCUCCGCAAGCGCUGGCCCGACAUCAAGCGCCUGACGACCCCCAGCCUGCACGCCAUUCCGCGCCGCGUGCAGCUGGGCGUCAUCGACGUGCAGAAGCCGCCUUACAACGGCAACCGGUCGCUGGCGUGCGCCGACAUCAUCUGGUCGAUCGGCAAGGCUGGCGACGCGCCGGACCCGGACCUGGGGCCCGGCCAGGCGCGGUCCAAUGACAAGCGCAUCCUGGUGUUCGUCAACCGCCGCGAGGAGGCCACCGAGGUGGCGGAGUUCCUGAAGUCCAAGGGCAUCAACGCCAAGGCGUUCAACCGCGACGUCACGGACCGCAAGGAGCGCGAGAUCCUGGCACCGUUCACCGACUCGGCGCCGCCGCUCACGGCCGCCGAGGUCCAGAAGGCCCGGGAGGAGGAGCAGCGCCGCCGUCGCGAGGACCAGUCCAUCCCGUUCGUGCGGCCCGGCGGCGACCUCCACGCCGGCCCGCCGCCCGCCAAGCACCUCGAGAACGUCCAGGUGUUGGUGUCCACGGACAUCGCCUCCCGCGGCGUCGACACCCUGGCCGUCAAGACCGUGAUCCUGUACGACGUCCCGCGCACCACCAUCGACUUCAUCCACCGUCUGGGCCGUCUCGGCCGCAUGGGCAAGCGCGGCCGCGCCGUCGUGCUGGUCGGCAAGAACGACCGCAAGGACGUCGUCAAGGAGGUCCGCGAGGCCAUGUUCCGUGGCCAAGCCUUGAUUUAGCAUCCUUGUUUCUGUAUAAUUUCACUCCAAUCACGACUACAACUCAAUCAAAGCUAUGGCGUUCUCAAAGGCGGCACGCAAAAUCGGAAAGGAAGGGGGCACAUUUCUUUUACAUUACUACACUACUAGAUCCGGAUUGUUUGUCUCCUCCGAUUUGAA